GGAGAACCUGGACUGGAACAACCCGACUUGAACAGGAUGCCGGCGCUGAAGAAUACCUAUCUACUUGCGGGCAACCACACUUGUUUUACGAUACCCGACGCUAUCGCAGCAGCGCACUGUCAUUGUCUGUCUUGCGCUUCCUUUGGCAGCCCUUCGAAAAGCGCUUAAGCCGGGCACCCACUAGCUUCGUGCCGAUCCUGCCUUGCCUUGCCUUGCCUUGCCUGCUUGCUAACCCCCCAUCGCCGACCGACGACCUGAACCCGACAAGAACCUACAUCCAUUGCGCUAUUCCUUACAUCGUGCUGCCUGACCAUCACACACCAGGUUAUACACAAUCAAUCGCAGCAGUAGACCUCAGAGGUUAUACUCCCUCACACACACGAGUAUCCCACGACAGCAGAGGCCGCAACUCACCACCCCCACCCCACCCCAUUGGCACACCACACCGCAGGCCGAGAAAGCUCGCAACCAUGGCGUCGGUCUCGUCCUUAGACAAGGACCUGCGCAAGAUGCGCCUGGACAAAUACACUCCCGCCGCGGCAAACGAGGUUCGCUCGUGGAUCGAAGAUGUUCUGGGCGAGCCCUUGCGUGCCAAUGAUCUGCUCGACGGCCUCAAAGACGGGGUUGCCCUGUGCAAACUCGUCAACCUUGUCGUUGGGCCACCGGGCAUCAAGUUCAAGCAGUCGGCCAUGCCCUUCGUCCAGAUGGAGAACAUAUCGCACUUCCUGCGCUACUGCCAGGCCCCGCCCCUCAACCUCCAGCAACACGACACGUUCCUAACCGUCGAUCUCUUUGAGAAAAAGGACCCUGCCCAGGUCCUCCAGUGUCUUAUAGCUUUCAGCCGCGCUGCCAACAGCGCCAACCCCUCCGACUUCCCCACGUCAAUCGGUUCCCGCAGUGGGGGCGGUGUAAUGAGCCCCCAGUCCACCGGCCCUUCUACACCUACCGGUCUUCGGGGCCGCGGCAUCUCCAGUGCUAGCAACGCAUCCUCCUCGUUCUACGGGAGGACCCCCGUGCUAGCCUCAUCCAAGACUGGUGAUUCGGGCUCAGGCCGAUGGAGUCCCACCAAAUCCCCAACUCAGAACGGCUCUACGUCGCCUGCCAAUGUCAGUAGCUGGAGCAGGAAGGAGCACGAGGGCGCCACAUCACCCGCCUGGAAUAUUGCGCAAUACGGAUACAUGGGCGGCGCGAGCCAAGGCAACCUUGGCGUCGCCUUUGGCGGCCGUCGCCAGAUCACUAGCGCUGGUCCCAGCGUCCCCAACAUGGCCGAGAAGGAGCGGAGGAGAAAGGAAGAGGAGGCCGAAACCGAGCGCCAGCGCCAGCAGAUGGAGGAGGAGAACCGCCGGCGGAGAGCCGAGCGCGAGGCCGAGGAGGAGCAGGCGCGCCUAGAAGAGGAGCGCCUGUGGGAAGAGAAGGCGAACCAGCUGAGAGAACAGGAGCGCAAGAGGAUAGAGGAGGAGAAGCAGCGCUGGGAGGAUGAGGAGCGCCAGUGGAAGCUAACCGAGGAGAAGAGGCGCAAGGAGGAAGAGGAGGCCGAGGCCCGGCUGCGAGACGACCGUCAACGGGCCAGAGCCAAGAGCGACGCCAAGUUGCGCGGCCAGUUUCUCAGCCAGUACCAGGCCGAGCAGCAGGAACCAAAACAGGACAACGGCUAUAGCAGCCGCAUCAAAGAGCUGGAGAAGGAGCUCGAGCAGGCCCGCCAACGAGAGGCCGACUACGAGCGAGAGCGCCAAGACCGCUCACGCCGACGAGAUGCUGUAGGCGACGACGCCAAGUCUCGCGGCCGGUCACGCAGCCGGCCUGCGCGGCCGGUCAGCAGGCAGGACUCGUGGAGUGUUCGUGACGAGCCCGAGUUCCUGCAAAGCCAGUGGGAUACCCAGCAGCAGCAACAGCAGCAGCAGCAGCAGGAUGCCCAAGACGCUCUAGCAGCUGCACCGCCUCCACCGCUCCCCUCGCGCUCUCCACGGCCGCUGCCCGACCCGACUACGGCGGCCCUCCCGCCUGCCAAGGUUAGAACUCACAGGACAGGCGGAGAUGGGCCACCGGAGAUUCCCGUCCGGAAACACCACACAGGCUCACGGCCGCUCCCCGACCCGGCCGCAUACGCGAUGACAAGUCCUCCCCCACCGCAACAGCCGCUGCGAUACCAACAACAACAGCAGCAGCAGCAGCAGCAGCAGCCCCCACAAAAGUUACAGCCUCAAAAAUCCGGGGGCGCCAACAAGUCUCGCACGGAACGGUAUCUGGCAUCCAACCCCGCGCCCGAGCCGCCGGCGCAGCAGACGACGUACUCGCGGGAGGCGCUGAUCGGGUCGGUGGCGGAGCGCGAAACCGAGGACCGGUGGCGGGCGGCGGCGCAGAAGCAGACCAAGGCGAUGGGGUGGGCAUCCAAGUCGCUGCUGGAGCGCGAGAUGGAGCAAGAGCGGCAGCGGCAGCGCGAGUGGGAGGAGUCGCAGAAGGAGACGGCCAAGGCGGCCCGCCCGGCCGACGGCGGCGUCGACGGCAUUGGUGGCGGCAUCGGUGGCCGCUGGGACAUCGGCCAGUUCACGGGCUACACGGGCGGCGACAGCCAGAACAAGGGCGCCCAGGGCAUCGGUGCGGGGAGGCGGCAGAUCGUCGGGCCCAGGCCGCUUCCGAAUCCCGGGAGCGGCGGUAGUGGGAGGUGAAGGUGGUGUUGAUGUUUACAAAUGGUUUAGAUUUAUUAUCAAGUUUUUAUUUCUGGGUUUGAAAAUAUAUACCUUUUCGGUCCCCUUUCUUCCCCUGUGACGGAGUGCUUCUUUUCUCCUCUCACUUCUGCAAGUUGAAUUGGAGCUGCCGACCAGCUAU